AUGGGUAUUCCAUCCUCAUUACCCACAAACCCUAACCCCAGCCCCAGUCCGCCGCUCCCUCAGUCACCGCCACCACAAACGCCGCCAUUACCUCAAUCGCCACCACCUCAGUCACCGCCACCACCCCCAAGCCAAAUACCACCUUUCAUUCCACCGACUCCCCUCUCGCCGCAAUCCGAGCCACAAAAUGAAACACCAAUUCCCGACACCCAUUCCCCAGAACCAGCGCCUGAACCUGUGCCUACUCAAACGAGAACCCAAGGCAAAACAAAAAAAGCUGCAAUUAGCAAAAGGACCAGGUCUUCCUCACAAACUCCAGCACCAGUGACCCAAACACCAGUAUCUCAGUCUUCCUUGCAAACUCCAGCACCUGCGUCAUCUGCAGAUACUAUAGAGGAGGAUUCGGGAUAUAAAAACAUUGAGUGGCGACAAGCUGUUUAUGACUGUUCAGUGCGGAAGGAUAUUGCACCUUUUGGGCAGCAUCCUGAUACCACUGGUACUGCAGACCCCACCACUUUUGCACCAGCAGAACCACAACCAACCUUUACCCCCACGGUUUUGUGGACAUUUUAUCCCUCUUAA